UUCUUCACUGCCAUGGCGCUCUUGGUUCACAGACUUCACUUCACCCUCUCCUCCUCCUCUUCUUCUUCUCUCUUCUUCUCAAACGAAACUCACCUCCGCAGAAUCUCACCGUCCUCCAACCUAAGCUUCACAGGUCAUCGAUUCAAUUCCAGGGAGAAAAAGCACCAUGACGCCGGAAUCGCAACCUCCCGCUUCACUUGCUUCUCCGCACGGCAAAAUAAACCGGAGACGGUGAUAGUGAAGGAGAAGAGCGUUUCGGUGAUUCUUUUGGCUGGUGGCAAGGGUAAAAGGAUGGGCGCCAGUAUGCCGAAACAAUAUCUACCGCUGUUGAGCCAGCCGAUUGCAUUGUACAGCUUCUAUACUUUCUCGCGGAUGCCUGAAGUGAAGGAAAUCAUUGUAGUUUGUGAUCCUUCCUACAGGGAUGUGUUUGAAGAUGCCAGGGAUAAGAUCCAGAAGGAACUUAAAUUCACGUUGCCUGGGAAGGAAAGACAAGAUUCUGUUUACAGUGGACUGCAGGCUAUUGAUUUGGCCUCUGAGCUUGUUUGCAUCCAUGAUUCUGCAAGACCUCUGGUAUCAACAGCAGAUGUUGAGAAGGUCAUUCAAGAUGGUUGGUUAAAUGGAGCAGCUGUACUAGGGGUUCCAGUAAAAGCGACCAUCAAAGAGGCAAACAAUGAGUCUUUUGUAGUCCAAACUUUGGACAGGAAAACACUUUGGGAAAUGCAAACACCACAGGUCAUCAAACCUGAGUUGCUUAAAAAGGGCUUUGAGCUUGUUAACAGAGAGGGCCUUGAGGUGACUGAUGACGUGUCUAUUGUUGAGCACCUUCCACAUCCUGUCUACAUCACUGAAGGAUCUUACACCAACAUCAAGGUUACAACCCCAGAUGAUUUAUUACUUGCAGAGAGAAUAUUGAGUAUGGACACUAAAAAGUCUUCCUGAUGAUAUUCUUGACAUUUUCUUUGAAUCAUUUCAAAGUGCCAUGAUUUAUUCAACAGACUGCCCUUGCUGUAGUUGCUGAGAUGUGCCCAUUGCAAAUCUGCAGUUAAACUAUUUAUGUAGGUAGCUUGGCUAUAAGGACCAAUUUUUGUCGAGUCAAUCAUAAAUUUAUGCAAAAAAGUACAUAAAAUGGAAAAUUUGAUGAAUGGUUUUUUUAUUUUAUUGAAAACAAUGGGUUUACAUGA